AUGUCGAGUGCGAAACGGAAACGAGACAGCGACAGCCUGCGAGAUGAGCGCCGGCCAAAGCGCAUCGUCCGCCACGUUGGCCUUACCAGCAAACCCGACACUGACGGCGCCCACCACCCUUCCACCUCUUCAACCGCUACGGGCGCGUCGAAUGCUAGCGAAGACAGUUGGCCGACUGCGCAGCCGCAAAAGCGCAUCGCUGGCGACACCACGACCUCUGGUAAGGUACCUCGCAACAACUUUACCUCUCACUCGCCCGGCAACGGACAGCAAGCCAUGGCCUCUUAUCCACCUAAUGUACCAAUCGGAUCCCCCAUGAAGAGCAAGCCGAAGAGGAAACGGAACGAUGAGGAUGGCGGCGAGCAGAAUGAUAGGCCGCGCCGCAAACGCGUUUCGAAGGCCAACCCUGAAACCCAGUGCGAACGGAAGCAACUGCCUGCCCGUCGAACAUUGAAUUCCGAUGUGGACCAUGUCUCCAGCGCACGCCCUCCCACGCAAGUUGACACGUCGACCAAGACCGUUGAUGUAGGUACAGCUGUUGGAUCCAAGUUAUUUCCCCCCGCUAGCCUGAGCAACGUCGGCGGCCAACCAGGCUCUUCGACACUUGGGCACAUACACGAAAAGCGUAAACGUUGGUUGGAAGAGGAGGACAACAAGGCUUGUCAGCCGCAGAAGGCGCCGCGUCUGGCAGGGAAAAGGACGCGCGACAUGACGAGUCAUGGUCAGCACAUCUACAGGCUGUCCACCGAGGUGGCGCUCAAUGUCUUCUCUUGGGUAGGGGAUGAGGAUGUCACAAAAGUGCGCCGCACCUGUCGAUGGUUUCACACCAACAUGUCCGACCGCUUCGCCGAGUAUUGCGGCCAUGCGCUCGACAAGAAACUUACGGCUAAGAACAAGAGCUGGGAACUCUCUCUCACGCGGUCAUCAAUGGACGAGUUGCUGUUGGUCAGCCACAUCCCGCGCGUCGAGCGCCGCAUCCAAAACAUCACCAUCUAUGCCGACUGUCCCAGCCUCGCCGGCGUCAGGGUAUUUAGAAAGAUGGAUCAACGCGCGCUCCAAGGUGCUCUGCCGGCGGACCAGAAGCGGACGCUUCGGGACAUUAGCACCCUCAAACAUAGCGGCAUCGACGAAACAAUCCACAGCGGCCGGGAAAUGGAACACGGCUACGAAUGCGAACACACAGCUCACGCAACGUUUGCUGCCUGUGGAGAAGACGCAUCGAAGAUGGUCAGGAUCUUCGAACUGCUCAUCGGCCUCAAGCACAUCCACAUUGGAGGUUGGAGCAAGAACAUGGGAGUCGAUUGCACAGAUGUGAUUUCGGGUGACGGGCGCAAGUCCCUGCUCAAGGCUCAUGAUGACCGCUUGCACCAUGUAUUCAACGUGGUCACGGCUGCGGUUGGCUCGUCCAAGUUGACACUCGACAGCUUGACAGUCAAUCCCACGCUGCUCAAGGCCCUGAGCGGCCUGAGCACCAAAGAUGGCAUUUUAAGAGCAUUGGACGACUGGGAGGAGCCGAGGCGCCACUUUUUCAUCCGGAGACGGUUCCCGGGCAACGGGUUAGGCGCAAUGUGCAGCGGAUUUCUGCAGUCUGCGCCGAACCUCAAAAGCCUUGAGAUUUCAUUGGAUGAUCAAGUGUGGAGAUGCGAGAGGAUCAGCGAGGCGCUUGCGCGUUACCACUCACCACGACUACGCAGCAUCAGGCUGGAGGAGAUGGACAUCAACGGCGAAGCGCUGUGCACCUUCCUCAAGGGACACAAGGACUCAUUGCGCCGACUCGACUUGCGGGAGAUAGUGUUGCUUGGCGGGGGAUGGAGAGGUGUUUGGAAGCUGCUGCGAGAUGAACUACAGCUCGAAAGCGCUUCCUUUGCGAGGCUGCGCGAGACGAGCACGGCUCGGGGGUUCGACCGGCACAUGGUUGGAUUCCCAUGGAACCAGGCUCGCCAGGACCGGGAAACCGCUCUUCUAGGACCGCAAGACGACGGCGUGGACCGGCUGGAGCCGGUGGAAGAAAUGGAGGUGACGGCCGGCCUCGACAGAAUGAUCGAAUGGGCCCUGAUUCAGCCAAAAGAAGAGUCUUGCUGGUGGCUACGUUAG